AUGUCAAACAUUUAUUACAACAAUUUGGUGUGUGCUCGUCUGCUACUAAUUCUUCUCGCUUUAUUGACAUGCACUAAUUUUGUUUAUUGCUUGAAUCAACAACGAGAUUCAAAAACAGCAGCAACUCCCUAUCAAAAUUCUACUAGUAUUUCACAAUCGUCACAAUCGCCAUCAUCAUUUGAAACCGUUAAGGAGUUAUUCUAUAACGGUAUAUCCCGAUUUUAUUCAACGAAAUCGAAUGAUAAAGGUCAAAACACAUCGGUUUUUGACAACGAAACAACUGUAAUCAAUACUACAUCGUUGUCGAUUUUAUCCUCAAUGUUUAACUUUGAUACCGUUAAUAUGUCUGAUUUUGGUUCAGUAUUUUCCUGGGCUUUAUCCAUAGUUGCACAAGCACUGAUGAUAUUUGGUGGUGUAGUACCGUACAUUCCACAAUAUCUAAUGAUUAAACGAACACAAAAUGCUGAAGGAUUUUCGAAUUAUGUCUGUUUAACAUUAUUAGUAGCAAAUAUAAUUCGAAUUGAAUUUUGGUUUGGUAAACAUUUUGAAAUACCCUUGCUAUUACAAUCAAUUAUAAUGAUAGUAUGUAUGUUGAUUAUGCUUGAAUUAUGGACACGAGUACAUACAAAAUCCUAUCAAGGAGGACAACAAUUAGGUGUCACAUCAUUAACUUCAAGCGAAAAAAGAUUUAUUGAUUUUGAUAUUGAUUAUUUCUGGAAAUGGACUACAUUCGCUAGUUAUGUGCAAUUUUUAUGUUUAUUUACAUUUGUUUUAAGUACAAUAACGUGGGUAUUUGUUGAGAAUAAGAUUUAUAUUGAAACAAUUGGCUUUUUAGCUGUGUUUUUUGAAGCACUAUUAGGUACACCACAAUUUCUAAGAAAUUAUCGGCAUAAAUCAACAGAUGGAAUGAGUGUUGGAAUGGUUUUGAUGUGGACAAGUGGUGAUAUAUUUAAAACUAGCUACUUUCUUAUACGAAAAGCUCCAAAACAAUUUUGGUUAUGUGGUAGUUUACAAAUAGCUAUUGAUAUCGCUAUAUUAUUUCAAGUAUUCAUUUAUUCGGAUAAAUUUCGAAAUCGAAAACGAUAA